AUGGCAACACAGAGCCGUUCAGAUAUAUGGAAUAAAUUCAAGUCUUCCACAAAGUCUUUAUCAUCUUCUUUAUCGCAACUAUCUAUCAAAGCGGAGAAAGAUGGAGAUACACCUACGACUACUUUAAUACACCGGGCAUUUGUAAAGUACUACAAGAAACAAGAACCAUUUCAAGGUUACCCAGAUUGGUUGGGCCAUACAGAGGAUAAUUCAGACGAACAGACAAUACUAAGUGCGAACAACUCUAGCCCAGGACAAUCGUUAGGUAGUGCAGACAGUGGCACUAGAACAACAGCUGGGAUGGCCUUUCAAAAAAUAUACAAUAGUGUUCAAGCGAAAAAAUCUUUCGGUGACCAAACUGGAAACAACAGUAAUUCUAUGAGGUAUAACACUGUUAAUUCACGUUCUACAGGCCAAUUAUCAGGCGCUGGGAACCAUGGUGCAACGUGGGGUAUUCAGCGUCAGCAAACAUUCGGGAAUGACAGGUCUCAAUCUGCUGACGUAGAUAAUGUGGUGACCAGCAGUCAACCCGCGGAAUCACGCAUACAAUCACAACUGAUGCGUGAACGAAUGAAAAGAAGCAUGACCAGGCGUGGAACGUUUGAGGUAUGA